AUGAUCAGAUUCAUGUGUGAUGACUCAAAAGUGGUCAAAGCCCACCUGGUGACUGAUAAAGCUGCAGAGGGGGUGAUGUUCAUUGGUCCAGACACCCAUGCCAUCCAGGCGAUGGGGGACAAGAUUGAGAGCAAGCUAAUUGCUAAAGCUGCUAAGGUCAACACCAUCCCAGGAUUCGACGGCGUAGUCAAGGUGCUGGCUGACAAGCACGGCAAUGCCCUGUGGCUGAAUGAGAGGGAGUGCUCCAUCCAGAGGAGGAACCAGAAGGUGGUGGAGGAGGCUCCCAGCACAUUUCUGGACCCGACCACCCGGCGGGCCAUGGGGGAGCAGGCCGUGCAGCUGGCCAAAGCCGUGCAAUAUUCCUCUGCUGGCACCGUGGAGUUCCUGGUGGACUCCAAGAAAAACUUCUACUUCCUGGAGAUGAACACACGACUUCAGAUGAUCAGGGUGGCCAAAGGCUACCGGCUGCAGCACAAACAGGAGGACGUCCCCAUCAACGGCUGGGCCAUCGAGAGCCGAGUCUACGCCGAGGAUCCCUACAAGUCUUUCGGCCUUCCCUCCAUUGGACGGUUGUCUCAAUACCAGGAGCCCGUUAACCUGAAUAAU